CAGAGCCCGGGAGAACCGUCAAGUGGAAUGCACGUUUCCCAGCGACCUCGUUGAACCUGUCCCCUCUCAGUCGCUGGGCUAAUUAAAUAAGAUGUUGCUUGUGAAACCGUGACUGCUUGCCUCCUCGGGCAUCGUUUUGAAAAUCUAGGAGCGUUUUUAGAGCGGAAGUAUGAAAAGGUUGGAAGCUGAGAAACACUGCGCUUGUUAAUAGCACAGACGUUAUUGCAACGCGUGGCCCCAGCUUCCUAAAAUCCAGAAUCAGAAGUCACAAAUGGAAAGGCUGUGACGCCACAAUGGCUUUUCUUUAAAAAAAAUUUUUUAAAUAAAUGAUGCCAUGUGUUUUCACUAAGCGAGGGGGAAGCGCAACAACAAAAACCAAUUUCCUCAGCCCAACCCGUGAACAGUCAUUGAGUCCUGAGCGCAGGGUUCAGAGUGAGAAAUCGUGGAUGUUGGUGUCCGCAGGAGUUGAUACAUUUGUUUUUCAAAAAGCCUGCAAGACCGUCAUGGGAUCGAGGCCCAAGCUCCACUAUCUCAAUGGAAGGGGCCGCAUGGAAUCCAUAAGGUGGCUUUUGGCUGCUGCUGGAGUCGAGUUCGAUGAAGAAUUUCUAGAAACAAGAGAACAGUUCCAGAAGUUGAAGAAUGGUAACCACCUGCUGUUCCAACAAGUGCCCAUGGUCGAAAUGGACGGGAUGAAGUUGGUGCAGACCCGAAGCAUUCUCCACUACAUAGCGGAAAAGCACCGCCUCUUUGGCAACAACCUCAAGGAGAAAACCUUGAUUGACAUGUAUGUGGAGGGCAUGCUGGAUCUUCUGGAAAUGAUUGUCAUGCAUCCUUUCUCGAAACCAGAAGAUCAACCAAAGGAAGUGGUUAGCAUGACCGAGAAGGCUGUGAGCAGAUACUUUCCGGUGUUUGAAAAGAUUCUAAAGGAUCAUGGACAAACCUUUCUCGUUGGGAACCAGCUGAGCCUUGCGGAUGUCGUUCUACUGCAAACUAUUUCAGCUCUAGAAGAGAAAACAACUAGUAUCCUCUCCGCGUUUCCUCACCUGCAGGGGUUCUCCAAGAAAAUAAGUAAUGUCCCCACAAUUAAGAAAUUCCUUGAGCCUAGCAGCAAGAAGAAGCCUCCUCCCGAUGACACCUAUGUGAAAAACGUCUAUGCCAUCUUUGCACCGUGAAAUUACAUGCGCAUGCGAUGCAAUCACAUGCGCAUCUGCGGGCAGCUUGUCCUGAGAACCUGCUGUGUCUACAGUGCCCCAACUGAUGCCAGGCCGCAGUGAUCCCAGCCCUGCAGCAGUGUUUUAUAAAAAUGUACGUGCACUUUCCUCGCAAAGAGACCUCUUCUAGAAAUAUCUCUAGCUUUUUUUCCUGUCUAGCAAAUGUUGUAAUAAGGGACCCUUUUCUUAAUACCUUUUAGAGGAAGCUGGUGUUUAAGUUGGAUCAGAUCAGGUGGGUGUAACCAGCCGGAUUGGUGGAAUGCCACGUUCUCACUUGCGCGUUCUUCCAACUCUCCUGAUCCCCUUCUGAAACCUCCCCAGUCUCUUCUCGAUGUCCAGUGCUUUGUAACAGCAGAGAAACCACAGAAGGAGCCUCUCUCCUCUCGGCUGGCAUCGGACAAGUGGCAGUCAAGAGCGCAGUUGCCGUCUGCUGCCGUGAAGAACGUACAAAUCCCUCCCUUGCAGCGAACACGUUUCCCUGAAAACCUUUGGAAUGUAUAAUGCAAGAGGACUUCAAAAAGUUUGUGGGGAAAUCCCGUAAUGUUUCCAUUCCAUAUUUUCCCGCCCACUUUUUGAAGCCCCCAUGGUAGGCUGGGUUGUCUAGAGAAACCAAUCCAGUGACACUCAUCUAUGUGCAAGCAAACUUUCUACCAAGAAGCCACUUGUCAUCAAGAAAGUGCGCAGCCCAGUGGAGCUCCAGUCCAUAGGGCCAGUGCUAGCAGGGACCCUCUUUAGGCUCAUGUACCUAUAGGCUGAUGCCAGCAAAGCAGGAGACCACAGGCUGGUGGGUGCAGAGGCGAGUGGAUCUGGGGUUGUUGGAAGCAUGGCAGGGUGCCAACAGCUCUCAGGGUGGGCCAGUCCACAUGGCGUUGCCCCCAGUGGAAGACAAAGUCCCAGCGAGUUCCCCUGGAGGAGGAGGGCAAAUGGCAGAGAGUGUGUUCCCAGAGCCCUGCACUCACAUACGGAGUCCACACCGCCUCAUUGACUUCAAAAUCAUCCAACUACCACACCCCUUGUACAGGAAAAGCUGCAACUGGUGGCAGUGUGGAAACCUGCCGGAGGAGGGAAACAUGUAUUUCCCACAAACAGGAGAGGGGAAAAUGAGAAGGCUGCACCCUGUUACAGGUGGACAACGUGCCAGGCCUGGAAAGCCAAGGCAGUCCCGUCGAGUUCUGGCUCUCAGAAUAGAAUCCCAAGCUCAAGGGGGGGAUGGUAGCAGAGCUUAAAUUUCAAACACUCACUUUAAAGAAACAGUGGAAGCCCCAGAUCCAUUGGCAGGGUUUCCAUGUGGAUUAAGCUUCUGGUGAGUCCUUUCUGACCACACGCAGUCCAGGGACGAGAAUAGCCUUACUCUCAGAGAGCAUUGUAAAGUGCAUCGUGCCAGGUAUCAUUAGGUUAGAAUGUAACAUUCACUUGAGCUCUCUCUUAAAGUUUCAGUUUUUAAUGUUUUCUGCUUGCUUUUUGAUUGAGGUUUUGCUGUCCCCUGCCCUUUGUCAUCUUUGUAUGUCUGCUUCCUGUUUGAGCUGUGUAUGAUUUUCUGUCUAUGAAAUCCAGGAUAGGUAAAUCUACAGAGACAGUAACUGGAUUGAUAAUUACCUAGAAGCAUGGCAGGGGAGGUUGGGGCUGGGUUGGGCAGGCGGAUGGACAGAGUAUGAGUUAGCAACAAUAAGUAUGAGAAAAAAAAUGUCCCAAAAUCGAUCGUGAUGAUUGCACAACUCUUCUAAAUAAGAUUGAAUGCUUAACUGGUCUGAUAUGUGAUUUAUAGGCCAUUAAAAUGAUUAUUAAGAAAGGA